ACGCCAACUAACCAUUUACAAACAACUGCCCAGAACAUUGGGUAAGAGAUGGAUACCCUUCCCCUACCCAUGGUGUUUGAAGAGGCUGCAUUGGGAAGAGGAUGCCUCAACACCCUGAAAAGAUGUUUGUGGUGCACACACUCAUCACACUUUUUUUGAGUGAUAAAUAAGUGUAUCAUCUUCAAGCUUGAUAAGUAACGUGCCCCCGUUUCCUGACCCGCUACAGUACAAUGCAUCCAUCCCCCAACCGCCCCUCUCUGAAUCAAGUCUGUGUAUUCUCAGAGGUAGUCUGUGUGAAGUCAUUGUCACCAUGGCCUGGAGUACCAACAGCACCAAACUGGACAACAUCACCUUGUCCCUGUUCCAGAACGCAACAGCCAGCACAGCUAUCUCCAUCAUCUACAUCGUGGUCACCGUCAUCAACCUGACAGGAAAUGGCCUCUCCAUGUGGCUUCUCCUCUUCCGUACCACUCCCAAAACUCCCUCCAUCAUCUUCAUGAUAAACCUGACCCUGACUGACCUGGCCUUGGGCCUCGUCCUGCCCUUCCAGAUCAAGUAUCAGAUGCAGGGGCAUAAUUGGAGCCUGGGCCCGGGCGUAUGCAGGCUCUUGACCCUGGUGUUCUUUGCCAACAUGUACUGCUCAAUUCUAACUAUGACCGCCAUCAGUGGAGACCGCUACCUGGGCAUCUGUUGGCCCAUGCUCUUCCGUGAGACCAGGGAAAGGAAGUCAUUCGCUGUUAUCGGCUGUUUGGCCAUGUGGACAGUCGUGCUAUCUGUCUUGCACCCAUUAAUGACAACCGACCUGACGUUCCACGUUCCAGAACUCGGGAUCACCACCUGCUUUGACGUUCUGAAGAGGGACAUGCUUCCAUCAAUGGAGGCCUGGGCUGCUUUCCUCCUUACCCUGUUUGUCAUCCUCUUCCUCAUCCCGUUCUGCAUCACUGUAUUCUGCUACGUCGGCAUCAUCCGCAAGCUGGCCCGAGUUUCCAAGACCAACCAGAAAGAGAAAGCUAUCCGUCUUGCCGUCACCGUCUUAACGGUCUUCACACUUUGCUUUGCUCCCAACAACAUCCUCCUCCUGGCUCACACCAUCCGGAGGCUCUUCUACGGGGACUCCCUCUACAUGGCCUACAAGCUGACUCUUUCCCUCAGUUGCCUCAACAGCUGCCUCGACCCCUUCAUCUACUACUUUGCCUCUAGGGAGUUCCGUCAAAAGCUGAGGCAGAUGCUAAGGCUGAGAACACUGAGCAGUCUGGACACAGGGAAGACAGACCCGCACCGAGAGAGCCUGUACUCUGCCCAGUAUGUGUCUGGGGGACAGUGCGGAGAAAACGGCAGAGUUUCUGUUAAACAACACUGUUAAAAAACUUUGCCUGUAAAGUGGAGAGAGAAGGCAUUUGACAACCAAGAUGACAUGUCGCAAUAUCUCAUGUUGGGUCAAAUGACAUUUCAAAAUCAUUUCACAGGAUGGAAUGUUUUUCUGUGCUGUAUAUAGAUCCAGUAACAAACCAGGGCAGAUGGUGCUUCUGCAUUUCCAAAGUUAGGGCUCUAUUCAAUCAGAUCUGCUUUAGCCGACAUCGGCAUAGCUGUUGUUUUGAUGCUGUCAGAGGUGGAACUGAGUUAGAGCUUUCAAAUCCACAAGUGGCUCCUGGCAGUAUACCUAAAGUGGACAUUGCAAGUGAUUUCGCAUUAACAGAAAUCACUUGCAGCCUUGUUUACAAGUUUGAACACUGGAUUGAGAGAUGUAAUCUACACCUGGUUUAAGAUGAUAGAAAUACUAAUAAUUUAGUUGAAUGAUUUUUCAAUUUGAAAGUAAUUAUUUAUAUAAAGCCUACACUCGCUCUGAACUUAUAACGCAAGUAGGGCGGGUGUGGCUUUCCUGACAAUGAUUGCAAGAGCCGCUGCUCACUGAUUUGACAGCUCCAAUGCAGUUCCACCUCCGACACUGCCAAAACCUUGGUUUAAUAUGAUUGAAUCUUGGCCUUAGUUUAAAAAAAAGUAGAAAAGGGUUAUUUAUUUUGUGAAGGAAUGUUGCAACUUGCAUAAAGAUAGGAAUAAGAUAGUGUGGCGAAGUGAGAGCUAGGCUCCUCUCACCACCAAUGUGCUCUCUGCCUCCUGCCAAUUCGUUAUUUCAUUGUGUGAUUUAAGUAUACCCUUUGUUUGUUCAAUGUUUAUUGAUUCCCCGCUAAUUAUAUCACCAGUAAUGCAUUUACUGUUAAUCACCAUAAUUUCUCAGUAAUCUAGACCGUUAUGGUUUGGUUACGUCGCUAAUCUUUGUUCUUUCCUGAAAUAUAUAUGCAUAUGAAUUUACCAUUCUGAUUCUCAGAGUGGACACAUUGUUUUCAGAUCUUGUCAGAAAUACGUUUUGGUUUAUUUCAUUCGAUUUAGGAGUUUACUGUCAUUUUCCCCAAUGUCGUUAGUUUGGAGCGCUCAAAGUUUCCAUUUGUCUGGUUUCUUUGUCCUUUCUAGUGUUGAGAGCACACACAUCUGAGCAUUUAUAGAAAGAGGCCUAGGGCUAUAUGGCCUCUGUGUUAUGAUUGAGGUCAAAACUGUGUGAGUUGAAAGAAAAUUAGGGAGUGUUCAAUUUAGAAACUGAUUAAAUGUUAUACUCAAGCCUUGAUGGAUAUAGAAAUGAUCUUUGCAAGUGCAUAUGUAUCUUUUUGAAGUCCUGUGAUUCAGAUUCGUUUUGGGUUCUUAGCACGGCCGAGAGUACUUACCACCAGUCUAAACAGAGUGCCUGCUGUAAUUUGCAAACCGAUUUGACAGUCAGACGCCCACCGGCGGGGUGGUCCCUAAAACACACCACGCAGUCAGCGAACUGCAGACCAUAAUUCGGUGGAUGUGUUUUCACCUUUAAGGGAAGGCUGUGUAGUCUUGCCCAACCUGUGUAUGUUGAGAUAUGACAGGUUAAGCCUGAUUCCUAGGUUAUUUAUUUUGGCUGUUGCCAGUGUAUAAUAUAUAUUGAAAAUUUAAACAACAAUAUCUAGAAAACAACUGGCUGUAACUAAACCACUCCUUAAAAAAACCUGAUCUUGAUCCUAUGAUCUGAAAAAUGAUAAGCCCAUCUCAAACCUCCCGGGUGGCGCAGCGGUCUAAGGCACUGCAUCUCAGUGCUUGAGGCAUCAAUACAGACACCCUGGUUCAAUUCCAGGCUGUAUGACAUCCGGCCGUGAUUGGGAGUCCCAUAGGGCGGUGCACAUUUGGCCCAGCAUCGUCCGGGUUUGGCCUGUGUAGGUCAUCAUUGUACAUAAGAAUUUGUUCUUAACUGACUUGCCUAGUUAAAUAAAAUUUAAUACAAAUAAUAACUACUUUUCCUUUCAAAGAUUCUAGAGAAAACUGUUGCUCACCUUCUUCCAACGGCGCCACCAUGAGGCCAAACACAACCAUACUCUACAGGUUAGCUAUGCUCACAUCCCUGAGCAUGUGUGCCAAAUUCCAUGACUCUGUCAAACAGAUAGAUAUUAUGUGCCGCUUAUAGCGCCACCAUGUGGAUGAUCUGAGUAUGUUUGCAUAUGAGUCUUGAUAGUGUUUUGAAAAUGUAUAUUAAGAUUUGUUACAGUACGAGUAAUCAUGUCUGAUUUACAGGGUUGGGUAGGUUACUUCCUAAAUGUAAUCCUGAUAAGAGAAUUAUCUAAUAAAUGUAAAUGAAACAAUAAACCAUGAUGAAUUAUUAGUCAUACAGCAGGUUUAAUGAAUAAUCAAUGUAAGGAUCAAUGUAGGGAUCGAUUAGUCUGAUUAGUUCCGGAAAGUCCAGGAACCACUGGAGAGGGAAAGAAAUGUGUGUAUGCAAUUAGUAUAGAGAGAUAGAGGGGCAGAUGGUCAAGGGAGUAAAAGCUUCAAAGAGUUCUUGAACCUUGAGGGAAAAGAACUGGCUGAGCUCUGGAUAGUGAUAAACAGUGUGAGAAGUUUAUGGGGGAUGCAGGUCACCAACGGAUUGUGUGUAAAUGCAUGUGCGUAAGUAAGCAAGAACUAUAUAAUGACUGUUUUGUUAUCCUGACCUCAGAACGUUCUCUGAAUAAAGCUACAGAAACCUUUUGCAGAAA